GGAAAUGUUUACUUGUGCUAAAUACUGCUCUUUUGCACAUUAUUUGCUAACAAAAAACUUUAACAGAAAGACUGAAGAGAUGGCAGACAACGAAGUCCAGUAUGCUUCUGUUGUUUUCAAAAACAAGAGAUCGGCAAGAGCUAAAAAAGAAGAAGAGGUUGUGUAUGAUGAUGUGAAGCCAAGACAAGCAGCUCAGGAAACGACUGUCACAAAGGUCUCUGCAGGACCUUUAUCAGACAAAGAAGCAAAACGAUGUCGCUGGUAUCAGAAGUUGGUUUGUUGUUUUGGGAGUCUAUGUGUGAUUUUGGUGAUGGCCAUCAUUGGAGUCAGUGUCUACUUUGUAUCUCUUGACAAGAGUGAUAAACCUGAGCUGCAACAACUAAAAGACAACCAAACUUUCCUGCUAGAUGAAAUUUACAACAUGACAAACCUCAAAAACAAACUCUACUCUGAUUUCAAUGCCCUGACUCUCAACUUCACAAGCUGCAAAAACAAAAGUUUAGAAUUUGACAUCCAGGUUCAAAACCUGACACAACAACAAAACAACCUGAUGGCAGAAAAUAGUCAGGUUAACAAGAAAAACCACGACUUGCAGACGGAAAUGAAAACCCUCACAGAAGAAAUAAAAAUUUGUAAGGAGCAGAAACUCAGUCAAGCUCUGCAGAUCAUUGAUGAAUACUGUCCCAAAGUAGAGCAAGUGAGAAAUUGUCGUUCUUGUCAGAACGGCUGGAUUCACUCUCAGUCCAGCUGCUAUGUAGUUCAUAAUCCUGAAAGUUGGAAUCAGAAAACCUGGGAAGAAGCACGAGAAAACUGCACUAGAAAGAGUUCAGAUCUGACUGUUGUUGGUAGUGAAAAAGAAAAGGUGUUUGUUGAUAGCAAAAGCUGGAAGGAUGAGGAGGGUAACAUGAAAGGAUUCUGGAUUGGUCUCAGAGCUGAAGGAGGGAAAUGGAAAUGGAUGGAUGGAAGUGAUCUGACCAAUCAAACCUGGAUAAAGCAGCAAGCAACUGAUGGUCGAUGUGUAACUUCUCUCCAGAACCGAGAAUGGAAAUCAGUGAGGUGUACUGAGAAGAACGGCUGGAUCUGUGAGAAGAAGGCUUUAUCUGUUUAAACAUGAAAUGUUAAGAUUAUUUGGAAAACCUUGA